GCCUUCUUCUGGCUUGUCGGACUUCUGCUCUCCUCCCUGCUCUGGUUCGCUGUCGUGCCCCUUCGCGAACAGCUUGCAUUUGGUCUCGUCUUCACUGUUCUCUUUCAGGAAGUUGUGCGAUUUCUCUACUUCUUCCUCAUACAGAAGAUUGAAUCGGGUCUGCGUUCAAAGAUCUCGGUGCCACAGGCUGAUCGAGAACCCGACACCACCACGUACACUGCCAAUUCUCAGGCCGAUAUCGACUCCGAUAUGCCUCUAGUGGCCUCGAAGAAGGGCUUCCUGAACCACAAUCUCAGUGCCUACACUGCGGGUCUCGGUUUCGCCUUGAUGGGUUGUAUCACAGAGUACAUCUUCCUUUUUCGUCAGCUCACUGGACCGGGCACUCCGAUGGAGGGUUAUCGUCCGGGCGCCUUCUUCCUACUGGCCGCUCUGGACUCGUGUUUCAUGGCGUUGUCGCAGAUUUCCUGGUCUAUUCUCCUCUUCCGCGCCUACCGUCUCCGCAAGUACUUUCAGAUGGUUCUUGUCAUAGCGGCUCAUCUUGGUCUGUCCGCUAUGACCUUAAUCAACGAACUUGCCUCACCGGCUCCGGAGCUCUUAUGUGCCCUCCUCGCUGUCUCCUUUUUGGGCUUUCUGGUCUGGGCUUUCUUUGCCGCCGGUGGCGCUAUCAGACCUCGAACAGUGGCUCACUCUGAGUAA